AUGUAUUACUAAAUUGCACAACUAUCUUAUUCUAGUUUUCUUUUUAUGAUUCAAGUUCUUUUUGUUUGUAUCAUUAGAAGAAGAAAUCGGAGUUAAAAUCAAGUGUUCUCUGAGUAUUUUUAUAUAUAGAGUAGGCCACCAUAAUUAAGUUAAUUUGCACCAGCACUUAAACGAAAAGAGAGUACAAGAAAGUCUUCAGUCAUAAUAAGUUCUACAAUUAGAAAGAGUGUUUAAUAAUAUAGGAAUAGUACAAUAAAAGUAGAAGGAGGAGAGGAUCCUCCAUCUUUAUCUAUGGGAAUGAAUUCCAAUCAUUACAUCAAAGCAAUAAUGAAAGAGUAGAAAUUGUAGAGGAAGAAAUCAAUAAAAAUUGAAUCUCCUAAUAGUACUAUAUUGCAAGUUUAAUUUCCUCAAAACAAAUCUCAAACAGAAAACCCAGAGAGUCAAAGAGAUCCAUUUUAAGAAUUAAUUGGGGAUCAAAAACCUUAAUUAGAUAAAAUUGAUAUAAUGAUUUUUAUAGUCUAUUAUGUAGAGCGUAUUGGAUUUGAGUUGGGAUUGAUCUUAUUACUUUGGAAUUUUGAUGUUAACUAUUAUAUUUUUAUUCCGAUUUCCUUAUUUGUAGGUGUAGUUAUGAGAAUAUAAGAGAAGUUUGGAUAUCGAAUGAUUUAAAUGAUUGUUUUAGUUCUAAUUCAUGGACUUCUAAUACUUGAAACUUACCUUAUAAUAUCAGAUGAAUAUGUUACAUUCUGUUAUUUAAUUGUUUUGGGAAUAGAAACUGUAUUUAGUAUAAUAUCCUAUAUACUACUGAAAAAAUGCAAAUGA